GCUGAGUAACGGAGCGGACACGGAAUAGAGCGUAUCGCGUGUCGUCUCCAGUUUCGCGCGGCGGAAGGCACCGAAACGCGGCAAGAAAAGCGGCAGUCGCGUAUCGACCGGCAGACAGGUCGGUGCGCGGAUCGGAUUUGGUCUCUCUUCGAGCGAGCGGCGACUCAUUCCUCGACACCUUCGCCAGAGAAUCGAUGACUGAAAAGAGCUUUCGCUCGCUGGAACAUCCGGUAUUCACCGAGAACCUUCGCACCGAAACAAAUUGAUUAUAAUGAUCAAAAUCGCGCGCUGAAGAAAAUUCGAUCGGGUUCGAUCGCGAUGCCGAUCUAGCGAGAGAUCGAUGGGAACAUCGCUCGCUCGAGAAAAUUCAACGACAGACGCCUGAUGAACGUUUCGUCAAUCGAUAGUGAUUGAGGAGCUUCGUGACUCUAUGAGUGACAGUUGUUGAAAACACAAACGAGUGCGGGCCCAGAUAGAUCGUCGUGCCGCUUUCCGAUGGAUCGCACGUGACCGGCGUAAAAGUAUCUCGCGAGAGAUCGUCUGGUGCCAAGAGAAUUGGGAGAAAAAGUCUCGACAUUAGAAAGGAGCGACAGAAUGUUGAAGGAGAAUAUGUGGCGACAAAGGAGAGUACCCGUUCCCAAGAGGACGAUCGAGCUGAUCGCUCUGGUGGCGAUCUCUUCCACGCUCUUUCUCUUUCUUCACACGAGGGACUUGCAUUCGCGUUUGAAAAAGAUGGAAGUGCGUCUUCAACCGGGGGAGGACGAAGCGCUUUCGGCGAAUCAACUCUCUUUCGAAGGUGUUCAAGUCGAUUCUAAUCCAAGCGGAAUCGUCCAUUACUCAAACAACGUACAACGUACCAUUACGGGAAAGCACGAGGAACAGGAGGAACUCGACAUCGACGCCCUCAACAACACAAAGAGAGCCGACCGGGAGGUUCUCUUUUUCAAUCGCGUACCGAAAGUCGGCUCGCAGACCUUCAUGGAGCUGCUAAGGAGGUUGUCGAUAAGAAACGCGUUUUCGUUCAACAGAGAUCGUGUGCAGCGAGUCGAGACGAUACGUCUCGCGCCGAUCGAACAGCUCCAGCUCGCGAGGAUGGUCAGCAGUUACUCGGAGCCGUCUGUCUACGUCAAGCACGUCUGCUUCACUAACUUCACAGAAUUCCAUCUGCCGGAGCCAAUUUACCUCAACAUAGUCCGUGACCCUGUGGAAAGAGUCAUAUCAUGGUAUUAUUACGUAAGAGCGCCGUGGUACUACGUGGAGAGGAAGCAGAUCUUCCCGGAUCUGCCGCUGCCCGAUCCCAAUUGGCUCAAGAAAGAUUUCGAGUCGUGCGUUCUCAAGGGAGAUCGGGAGUGCAGAUAUCUCCAGGGCGAGAUCCACGAGGGCAUCGGCGAUCACCGCAGGCAGACGCUCUUCUUUUGCGGACACAGCGAAAAGUGCACUCCUUUUAAUACCGUGGGCGCAUUGGAGCGAGCGAAAUUGGCGGUCGAGAAGCAUUACGCAGUAGUCGGCGUCUUGGAGGACAUGAACACGACUCUCACGGUGCUGGAAAACUACAUACCACGAUUUUUCCAAGGGGCAACCGACGUUUACUACGAUCAGGUGAAUUCGUUCGUGAGAAUAAACCGGAAUUUCUUCAAGCCACCGGUCAGCGAGGAAGUGAAAAACAUAGUGCGCAAUAAUUUCACUCGCGAGGUCGAAUUCUACGAAUUCUGCAAGCAACGACUGUACAGACAGUACAGAGCGCUCAAAUUGAAGUCCAACACCGCGACUCCGUAGUAUGUGAUCGACGCAGAAUCAUUUGGAAAAAAAAAGAACACGUCGUUUAAAAAUAAAAACAAAAGAAGAUAAGCGCAACAUCGAAUUGUCGACUACGAUAUGUCAUUCUGUAAGAGAUAGGAAGAGGGAAGGACGUGUUCACAAUCGCGCUUAGAAGAAUCGUGAUCUUACGAUAAGAGAGCGGGAAAGACUUGUCGUAUCAAUAUCAAAACGCGACUAUAACAUACUUACAAAAAGGAGGAGAAACUUGUAGAGACGACGAGAUAUAUAAAAAAGACACAACUAAUUGCUCAUAGAUAGUGUUUUGUUCGUUCCGCUACAAGAAAAAUUCGUCUGUUUUUUUUUUUUUUCUGUGACACUUACAGUGACAAAGUUCAGAGACGCUUUCGACGAGCGCGAAAUAAAUUUUGGUGACAUCGUUUUUUUUUUUAUUUUUGUUUUUCAACACCUGUCUGUACGAUCGUGCAAAGUGAGCGUGUAUAUUUUGUUCUCACGUGAAUGUUUUACGGUAAUCGGUAGUGUGUAUCGCGAUAAUUUCUCUCGCCGAGAUCGCGUGCGAUGAUGGGAACGACGUAAAGACUGAUGAUAAAAACGAUUAUCUUUUAUCGCCGAGUACUUAAGACCACACACACACACACACACACACACACACACGAAUACACAAACACAGAGAAAGAAAUGUACAGGGUAUAACCGUAGAUAUUGUAAGAGAAGAAACACAAGUUUGUAUUUUCACCGAUUUACCGACAUUUGAAAUAAAAACGCUGCCAUUUCAAAAGCA